CUCGAUUGCACUGUGCCACUUAUAUUCAGAGCUUGACCGCUGCAUGUUUGUGAGGGAGGAGGCGGCAGUUGCUCGGUCCUGCCCAGGGUUAAGUCUGGUGUGAAUCGAGAUUUGCCUGACCACUGCAGGGCUUCACCUGGGACGCAAACCCGCAGAGUGGCUCCUGAGUCCCUUCCCAGGUGACCUGUAGGGCAGGUUCUCUGGCCUGCUCUUCCUGGGUUUCUCUGGGCGAUGAGCAACGGGUCGGAUACCGGCGAAAGAAAGGGCCACAAACGCAAACUGGCGGACGCACUCACCCCACCAGGAGGCUGCAACACGGAAGUGUCUCCUUCCGGGGAUGCUGAAUCAAUCCUCUGCCAGGUGUGCCGACUGGUGGAAAUCAUAAAGAGCUUUACCUCCAGACUACCUGAUAAUGUGGACCGGUUGACCUUGCGACGAGCCGCGCACGGGCUGGCUGAGCUUUCAAAGACAGAGGGCAAUGUGGAUCAAGUGGUGGCUGGAGGAGCUGUGGAGGCAGUGGUGCCACUUCUCACACAUUUCCCCGGGCCGGAGCAAGACCCAUUAGUAGCCAGUGGGGAGGAAGUGGAGAAGGAGGCUUGCUUCAUCUUGGGAUUGCUUGCAAUUAAGCAAGAGCAUCAGCAUGCCAUAGCAGAUCAGGAGGCAUUGCCAGGGCUGGUGGCACUCCUGAAACGGUAUGUGCCCUUCAUGGGUCCGCCCAACCCCGGGGCUUCAGUGGUGCGGCGAGCAGCGGACGCCAUCACAAACCUGGCGCAUGAGAAUGUCAGCAUCAAGAGCCGCGUGCGGACAGAGGGCGGCAUCCCUCCCCUGGUGGCUCUGCUGGAGUCCUAUGAUCCCAAGGUGCAAAGGGCAGCAGCUGGUGCUCUGCGCACUCUGGCGUUCAAGAAUGAGGACAACAAGAACCAGAUCGUGGAGUGUGGAGCGCUGCCCACUCUCAUCCACAUGCUGCGAGCCCAGGAUGCGGGGAUCCACUAUGAGGCUGUGGGCGUCAUCGGCAACCUUGUGCACUCUUCCAUUCACAUCAAGCGCACGGUGCUGGAGGAGGGGGCUCUGCAGCCAGUGAUUGGGCUGCUGUCAUCGUCUUGCACGGAGAGUCAGAGGGAGUCAGCUCUGUUGCUGGGCCAGUUUGCCACGACAGAACCGGACUACAAGGCAAAGAUAGUGCAGCGGGGGGCCGUGCCGCCCCUCAUAGAGAUGCUGGGCUCCAGCGAUGUGCAGCUCAAGGAGAUGGCCGCCUUUGCACUGGGCCGACUAGCGCAGAACUCAGACAACCAGGCCGGCGUCGUGCAGGCCGGUGGUCUGCCUCCUCUGCUGGAGCUGAUGGCCUCGCGCAACGGCAACCUGCAGCACAACGCAGCCUUUGCCCUGUACGGCCUGGCGGACAACGAGGACAACAUAGCCGCUAUAGUGCGGGAAGGCGGCGUGCAGUGCCUCCAGGACUGCGAGCUCCUUGUGCAGCCGUCGAAGGACUGCGUGCAGAAGACGCUGAAGCGGCUGGAGGACAAGAUCCAGGGCAAGGUGCUGAACCAGAUCAUGUACAGCAUGAACACGGCAGACCGCGUGAUGCAGCACCGCACCACGACCGCUCUGGCGCGCCUGGGCCGCGAGGCCGACCUCAAGACCAUCUUCAUCGACCGCAAGGGCCUCGACAUCCUCAUCUCCAUCCUCACCGACCCCACCCGCGACCCCACCACCCUCCGCGAGGCCGCAGGGGCGCUGUUUGAGCUGGCGAAGAAGGCGAACGCGACGGCCCCAAUCGACUGCGCGCCGGCGCCGCCGACACCGCAGGUGUACCUGGGGGAGCAGUACGUGAACAACGCCACGCUGUCGGACGUGACCUUCAUGGUGGAGGGCCGCAAGUUCCACGCGCACCGCAUUGCGCUGCUGGCCUCGUCGGACACCUUCCGCGCCAUGUUUGAUGGGCACUACAAGGAGAAGGAGGCCUCCACCAUCCCAAUCCCCAACAUCCGCUUCACCGUCUUUGAGUCCAUGAUGCGCUGCAUCUACACCGGCAGCGUGGAAGUGACGCCGGACAUAGCAGAGGAGCUGCUGAAGGCGGCAGACCAGUACAUGCUGGAGGGGCUCAAGCGCCUGUGCGAGGCCGCCAUCAGCACCGGCCUGUGCACCGACAACCUCGCCUCCGUGCACGACCUGUCCGAGAACUACAACGCCCCCCAGCUGGCCCGCCGAUGCGUCCUCUACUCCCUGGAGCACUACGAGGACAUGGUGGCAUCGUGCCAGCCUGGACAGUUUGCAGCGCUGCUGCACCGCAUGGUCCCAAAGCUGCGUGAGAGCCUGGUAGAGCAGCUGCUGAAGAAGGAGACUGCCUCAGUUUAAGCUCUCAGAGAGAAGGGGGGCUGUACUCCCCAGCGAGUGCUUGGCCUCAGCAUCGCCUGAAGUGCCCAUGGCCAAAUGGGCAGGCAGGCAGCAUUUGCCCCGGCAGCACCAAGUGUAGCCUCUGCAGUUGGACAGAGUGCAGGCAGUGCGGGCAGAGUUUUCAUUUGAGCAAAACGUCUUCCUGGGUGCAAUGUAAACCAGUAGCAAUUCUUGUUUCAGUGGUGCUUGUGAAGGCUUAUUGACUGCUCCAGAAUUUUUUAGUCUUAGCCAACACGAAAGUACAGCGUUUGGCAGACAGCAUGUCAGAGCUUGUCAGCUGUGCGGUCAAAGUAUCAGGCGACACAAUUAUCUUAUGAGGUGCGCAUUGCGGAUGGUAUGUGCUGGAUGUGCUGUAAGUUACUCUAUACCUGUGCUAAUUCCUGAGAGGCUGCGAAGUGUUGCCAUAAGAACUUGCUGCGUGCAGCAAUGCUCCCCUGUCUUGCCAAUUGUAUGAUAAUGAUCAUGCACUGUGUGAUGCCAUUGUAACUCUUGAUCAG